UAUCUUUUCAUCGGCGCCGGACGGAUGCACGGAGACAACGGAAGGAUGCACGGGAUGUUGAAGAAUCGUGUCCGUUGUCAGCCCGUCUUGUUAGGAUCAGGCUAUGAGGCUGCCGGCGACGGAACUUACCAGACAAACGCGGUACGACUUUGACCAUGACUCCCCGCCGGCGGCGUGUAUCACGACUAGUGCACAAGCACGGAAUUCAAACUCCGCCAAGACAGCCUAGUGAGGAUUUGUGAUCGCAUGGGGCAAAGAUCGCAUCACUGAGCGGGAGCUAGCAGAACGACGCAGGUGGCUUGAUGAGCCCUUGGACUGUCAUCGCGCGGCUGCGAUGCAGCGAGCUCAUUCCAGAUAGGGUUCUUGCAGUGAUCGCUUUGGAACUUCAGCAACGCCCCACGACACGAGAAGGGUUGCUGGACUGCCAUGCCCGGGCAGAAAACGCACAGGGUUACGUCGAAUGGGUGUGUGGCUGCAUCGGACGAGCCAUGCCCUGGGCAAAGGGGCGUUUGGCUGCUUCCGCGGACGCCCUUUGCAGCGAGCUGAAGGAAGGGAAAAAGCCACCAGCUGCAGGGAAUGACACCGGUGGCUUGGAGGCUUGGGAUGGCACGACGAAGCUUCAGCUCGCGCGCGCCCUCGAGCGCGCAUGCAAACGCCCGCCGCCUCUUGGCAGUACCACAUGCAGACUCUCUUGCAUGCCCGUCCGCCGCGCCGUCGCCGCCGGCGGAACCCCGCCGUCCCCUUUGAUACUCGACGAGACGCUGCUGAGAGUGGGUCUUGGCAUGCGUCCUCACCUUCUCUCGCCCUUCACGCCUCCAUCUUCGAGCGAUCAAUGGGCGGGUAGUGUUCCGACGAUUCAGCGAUACACCGUUCCAGACACGACAUGCUUGCAUCUUGGGAUACACAACAUGCUGCCGCUUCCGACGAAUGCCCUCUCGAAGCAGAUCCGUUUAGGCUGAACGGCUCCUGCAUCUCACCUGAAGGUUAUCGCAUGAGCAUGCACGCGUAGCGCCACGAUCGUCAUCCCAAGAUCACGGAUCGCGCGGGGCGGCCCGAA